UCCCUGCCCCCGCCCAGCCCCGCCCAGCCCCGGAGGCUCGCACCCUCCAAGCCCCCACUUGCCCUGCGCGCUGCGCGAAGUCCGGCGCGCGCCGGGGGCGGGGCAGGCGCCACGGGGUGCGGGCCCCGCGGGGCGGCCAUGGAGUGAGGCGGCGCGCGGACUCGUGCUCGGAAGGACGGACGCACCGACGGGCGGUCCCUGGCUCCGCGCGCUGGAAGAUGAACAGAGCAGAUUCACCCAAACCACCAGUUGCUCCUAAGCCGAAGGCUGCCAGUCCCCUCACGCCAGUGACGGCACCCAAAUUCUCCUCGUCACCCCGGCGCGAGUGUCUUCACAGUCCCAACUCCAUGUCCAGGGGGCCGAAACCCCCCAUCGCCCCAAAGCCCAGGCUGGCUACCCCCAGUGAGUGGAGGGCCAGCAUCUACAUGAUCAACAGCUUGAACAAAUGCAGCAAUGGGAAGCUGCCCUGCGUAGACAGGGGGCUCUACGACGAGCACCGGUCCACCCCGGAAUGCUCCGAGCCCGAGGCAGACGAGGAUUACAUCGUGGCCCCCGGGGCUCCGGCAGCAGAGGACAGACCCAGGGAUGGGGGCUCCGUGGAGAAUGCAGUCACGGUGCCUCCGGAGGCCAGCGGUGGGGAGGAGUGCCAAGAGAGAGGCAAGGAGUGUGAGCAGGAAGGGGCAGCAGCUGCAGAGGACUGGGCAGCCCCGGCUGAAGCGGUGCUGGGUGGAGAGGACGAUGGAGGCGUCACCCCCACUCCUGAGAACAUGGAGGUGGAGGACUGUGCCUGUGCCCCGGGGGCAGAGGAGCAGAAGUUCACAAGUGACGACGAGGAGAAGCAGGUGGAAGAACACAGCGUGUACAGCCUGGAGGACGGGGGUGCUGGGGAUGGAGAGGCGGUCCUUCCAAGCGAUAUCAUUCUAACUCACCUAGAUGCAGAGGACCCAGCAGCUCGUGGUGAGGAGCCCAGGCCGCCUGUGACACCCGGGGAGUCAGAGGAGGAUGGUGAGGAAGGCCGCACCAACACAGAACUGGGGGCAUCAGACGAGUGUGUGGGCUCUGACGGGCCCCCUGAGCGGGACGCUGCCGAUGGCAGCGAGGAGCCCCCAGAGAACGAGGGGUUGGCCCCUGGUGUCCCGGAGGCGGAGGUGGCCACAGACAGCCCUGACAUCUCCCAGGAGGCGUGUGAAGAUGCCCCAGGAGGUGGCCAGGAUGGUCAGGAUGAGCCAGCUGAUCAGAAAGAGAAACCUGACCCAGAAGCAACAGCAGUGGUCACCCAGGAGGCAGGAGGGGACCCUCAAGAAGGUGAGGACCCUGUGCAGGAUGAAGGAGCUGAGGAGAGCUGCCAGAUCAUUCCUUUCGAGAGGGACUGUGUGGACGACUUUGUGGCUCCACUCUCAGGACGUCCCUACGAGUUCUUCCCAAGCGAGAGCACCUCUUUCUGUAGCGAGAGCUGCUCUCCUUAUUCCGAGUCAGCACAAAGCUUAGAGUCCGAGCAGGAGCCGCGGUCAGGGGAACGGGCGCAGCAGGACCCCGUGGCUGGGCCUGGAUGUGGCCGGCGUGGCUCCCUGCAGGGUGGCGCCGGGGAGGGACCCUCUGUCCCUGACGUGGUGGUCAUGCCAGAGGAGGAGGAUGCCGUGGACGACGCGCUCGCCAACCCCUAUGAGAUGGGCGUUGGCCUGGCGUGCGGGGUGGACCCUGGGGAGGAGGAGAAGCCUGAGGCACAGGCUGCCUCGGGCACCGCGAAUGGCUGUGGAUUGAAGGAAGAGGUGAGCUCUGAUGCGGAGGGCAGCCUGGUCCCCAUCGACAGGAAGAAUGUCACCACGAGGGCCAGGCCCCACUCCGGGAAGAUGGCUGGCUACGUCCCAGAAACUGUCCCGGAAGAAACGGGACCGGAAGCUGGCUCAUCAGCCAUUGGCAUUGGGGGUGUCACCAAGGAGGCGAGGAAGGCGGUCCUGUCAUUGGAGGGGAAGCCGCUGGACGUCGGCAGGGCCUUGCCAGCAAAGCCCAGAGCCUUCACUCUGUACCCGCGAUCGUUCUCCGUGGAAGGCCGAGAGAUCCCCAUGUCCCUGUGCCGGGAGCCCGAGGCGUGUGGCCUAGACGGCCACGGGAUCAAGAGGAAGGACGACAACCUCUCUCUGCCCUGCGUGAUUGGCUCCUCUGGCAGCUUCUCUCAGAGGGGCCACCUCCCAUCCAGCGGCACCUCCACCCCGUCUUCCGUGGUUGACAUCCCGCCCCCUUUUGACCUGGCCUGCAUCACCAAAAAGCCCAUCACAAAGAGCUCCCCCUCGCUCCUGGUGGAGAGUGAGCCCCCGGACAAGCACACCAAGAAGAAGAAGCCGUCCUUUAAGCGGUUCCUGGCGCUGACGUUUAAGAAGAAGACAGAGAGCAAGGUGCACGUGGACGUCAACGUGUCUUCGUCCAGGUCCUCCUCAGAGUCCAGCUACCAUGGGCCGGCCCGGCUCCUGGAGAUGGACCGGAGGAGCCUCAGCAACUCCCCGCAGCUCAGAGCAAGGACCGGCAAGCUCCGGGCUUGCGACUCGCCCUCCUCCCUCAUCUUCUACAGGGACGGCAAGAGGAAGGGCGUCCCCUUCAGCAGGACGGUGUCCAGGGUGGAGUCCUUCGAGGACCGCUCCCGGCCUCCUUUUCUGCCCCUGCCCCUGACCAAGCCGCGCUCCAUCUCGUUCCCCAACGCUGACACUUCGGACUACGAGAACAUCCCGGCCAUGAACUCGGACUAUGAAAAUAUCCAGAUUCCACCUCGGAGGCCCCCAAGGGCCGGGACGUUUACGAAGCUGUUUGAAGAUCAGAGCAGAGCCCUGUCCACAGCAAACGAGAAUGACGGCUAUGUGGACAUGAGCAGCUUCAACGCCUUCGAGAGCAAACAGCAGAGUGCAGACCAGGAGGCAGAAAGCGCCUACACAGAGCCCUAUAAGGUCUGUCCCAUCUCGGCAGUGGCCCCCAAGGAGGACCUCACGUCGGAUGAAGAGCGGGGAAGCUCGGAGGAGGAGGACAGUGCUCCAAGAGACCCCAGCCUCACCCACAAGGUGGACGGACAGUCCAGAGCCCACGUCAUAGCACAGGAACUGCUGUCUUCAGAGAAAGCAUACGUGGAGAUGCUCCAGCACCUACAUCUGGAUUUCCAUGGAGCUGUCAUGGGGGCCUUGGAUGAGAUGGACCAAGAGGGCAAGGACACGUUGGCCAGGGAGGAGCUGCGACGUGGCCUGAGUGAGCUCCCACCCAUCCGCGACCUUCACCAGGGGAUCCUGGAGGAGCUGGAGGAGAGGCUGUCACACUGGGAGAGCCAGCAGAAGGUGGCUGAUGUCUUCCUGGCCCGGGAGCAGGAGUUUGAGCACCAUGCCGCUCACAUCCAGCAGUUUGAUAGGUACCUGAGUCUGCUGGGUGAGAAUUGCCUCCAUGCCCCCCGGCUAGCAGCUGCCGUCCGAGAAUUUGAGCAGAGUCAGCAAGGAGGUGGCCAGAACGUGAAGCACCGGCUGCUGAGGGUGGUUCAGCGCCUGUUCCAGUACCAAGUGCUCCUCACAGACUAUUUAAAUAACCUUUGCCCGGACUCGGCUGAGUACGAUAACACACAGGGUUCGCUGACCCUCAUCUCCAAGGUCACAGACCGCGCCAAUGACAGCAUGGAGCAAGGGCUGCCUGUGGACACUGCACCAGGCCUGCUCUGGACUAGUGGCCUCCACCUCACGCCUGCUGGGAUCGGGCUAGGACUCUGCCUGAGCCAUGGACGGGCAGGUCCAGAUAACCCAACCCCGAUGCAGAGCUCAGUGGCUGAAAACCUACAGAAGCUGGUCCACAUCGAGCACAGCGUUCGGGGCCAAGGGGAUCUCCUCCAGCCAGGAAGGGAGUUUCUGAAAGAAGGGACACUGAUGAAAGUAACAGGGAAAAACAGACGCCCCCGACACCUGUUUCUGAUGAGUGAUGUGCUCCUGUACACGUAUCCCCAGAAGGAUGGGAAGUACCGGCUGAAGAACGCAUUGGCGGUGGCCAGCAUGAAGGUCAGCCGCCCUGUGAUGGAGAAAGUGCCCUAUGCCCUGAAGAUCGAGACUUCCGAGUCCUGCCUGACCCUGUCUGCAAGCUCCUGUGCAGAGAGGGACGAGUGGCACAGCUGUCUGAGCAGAGCCCUCCCUGAGGACUCCAAGGCCCAGGCUCUGGCUGCCUUCCAGCAUAGCGUGGAGAUACGGGAGAGGCUGGGGGUCAGCCUGGGGGAGAGGCCCCCGACCCUAGUGCCUGUCACACACGUGAUGAUGUGCAUGAACUGUGGCUGUGACUUCUCCCUCACCCUGAGGCGCCACCACUGUCACGCCUGCGGCAAGAUCGUCUGCCGGAACUGCUCAAGGAACAAGUACCCUCUGAAGUACCUCAAGGACCGCAUGGCCAAGGUGUGUGACGGCUGCUACGGGGAGCUGAAGAAGAGGGGCGGGGACAUCCCAGGCCUGAUGAGAGGGCGGCCCGUGAGCAUGAGCUUCCCCCUGUCCUCCACCCGCUUCUCGAGUAGCGCCUUCUCAUCCGUCUUCCAGAGCAUCAACCCCUCAGCCUUCAAGAAGCAGAAAAAAGUCCCUUCGGCACUGACCGAGGUGGCCGCCUCCGGAGAGGGCUCCGCCAUCAGCGGUUAUCUCAGCCGUUGUAAGAAAGGGAAGAGGCACUGGAAGAAGCUCUGGUUUGUCAUCAAAGGCAAAGUGCUCUACACCUACAUGGCCAGUGAGGACACAGUGGCCUUGGAGAGCAUGCCCCUCCUAGGUUUCACCAUUGCGCCAGAAAAGGAGGAGGGCAGCAGCGAAGUAGGACCUAUUUUUCACCUUUACCACAAGAAAACCGUAUUUUAUAGCUUCAAAGCAGAGGAUACCAAUUCGGCUCAGAGGUGGAUCGAAGCCAUGGAAGAUGCGAGUGUGUUAUAGCAGUUAUCAAGCACGUGGACUCAGAGUACACUCUUAGGUUGAUGCGUGGACCCUUCCAGAAGCCAAUCUGUGUCUCCACUCAUCUGGACACACAUCUCGAUUCAGCAUGGGGGCUGACCUUGUUUGCUGUAACCCCUCUCUCACACCUUCACAAGUGGAACCCUUAAGGGAUAUUUAUGGACCUUUUCUGUCUUCGUGUUUUCCACCCCCGCCCCAGGCAUAAACUAUUUCCUUUUCCAGUAGUGAGUUAAAAUUUAGUAACAUGAAGACGUGGAAACCAAUAGAGAAGUACAUUUUAGAAAUGCAAGCUUUUUAGUAGAAACAAGCUUUUACAAUUUUUACUCCUGGUAAACAUGAUGACCUUUCACGUUGUUGAUGUCAGUGCCUCAGGUGAAAUGAGAAACAACCAGCAAAUAACAGCUACUCUCAUCAAAAGCACUUUAUUGUUUUACUGAGCAACAACCUCCAGUUUUAUUUUUUCCAAGGGAUUUACUUAAGUAAAUGGUAGAUGGAGUCCUGUGGACUAAUCUGCCACCAGUACUGGCUGUGGCGCAAGGAGGCGACACCAGGAGGGUCUCCCUUACCACGGAGGGUGCAGGGCCACGUGGCACUGGAGCACAAGGGGAGGACUCUCUCCUCCAAGUGCCCGCCCGCCCACUCGACCUGCAGACCGACAGGGCUUCCGAAAGGAGAUAUUCCUUCCUCCCCACAGCAGUCCCAACGCCAGAGUAGUGCGGGAAACUCCACUGCUGGCAGAUCCGGCCCCCGCCCCCAGAGGUCACUGCAGACCCUCCGAAGAGACAGAGGUCUGCUUUAAUUUAUUGUGUGCCUUCCUGAGUUUACCCCGCACAAGCUGACGUCGUUACGCUUGUGAGAACUCUUCUUGUUUUCGACACGGUGAUCCUUCUGCUGUAUUCCUGAAGCCUUGAAAGAGACAAAAGGAGAGAAAACAAGAUGCAAUCAGAAGGUGAAUUCGUGGUCUUGGCCAGUGGCUCUGGACACAGUGAGGGAGCACAGAAAUAGUGGCUUGAAGAUCCUCUCUGGGCGCCUGGGGCUCAGUCACCUCCCCGCUGAUGACUGCUGCUCAUGAUGCUGGACGUGUUUUUACAUAAAGCAGAGUGGUGGGGGGACUCCUUGUUACUCUCAUCGAAAUAAAAAACCAUCAUCACACUU